AUGGCCGCCAUCCGCAUCGCACCUACGCGCGCCGCGCGCGCCACGAGCCUCCUGCGCACCAUCCAGUACACGCACCCGCCCAACUGCCCAUGCCACGGCAACCCGGCCCACCACCAUCACCAUCCGUCAUCGGCACACCAGCUGCUGUCGUCGGCGCAGCAGUACGGCGCGCGGCACAAUGGUCGCCGCAGCUUCGCCACCCCGCUCGAUGCCUCGCAGCAGAAGGAGUACGCGUUCGAGAUGGCUGCCAGCUCCAUCCGCUUCGGCCCCGGCUGCACCAAGGAAGUCGGCAUGGACUUCCAGAACAUGGGCGCUAAAAAGGUCAUGGUCGUGACGGACAAGACGGUCGCGAAGCUGAAUGCCAUGAAGCAGGUCCGUGAGGGCUUGGAGAGGGAGGGCAUUGCGUAUGAAGUGUUUGAUGGGACGAGAGUGGAGCCGAAGGAUAGCUCAAUAAAGGAGGCGAUUGAGUUCGCGAAACCAUACCAGGCCGAUGCUUUCCUAGCAGUAGGAGGUGGCUCUGUCAUUGACACUGCGAAGCUCAUGAACCUGUACACUUCCUUCCCUGAGGCCGACUUCCUCGACUUCGUGAACGCACCACUCGGCCGCGGCAAGCCCAUCACCUCCAAGCUGAAGCCCCUCAUCGCCGUUCCCACGACCGCCGGCACCGGUUCCGAAACGACGGGCACCGCCAUCUUCGACCUAGUAUCCAAAAAGGCCAAGACAGGCAUCGCGCACCGCAACCUCAAGCCGACGCUCGGCAUCUGCGACCCGCUGAACACGCGAACCAUGCCGUCAGCCGUGCACGCGUCGUCGGGCCUGGACGUGCUGUGCCACUCUCUCGAAUCAUGGACGGCCAUCCCGUACAACGAGCGCGUGCCGCGACCGACCAACCCGCUGAACCGGCCCGCGUACCAGGGCGCCAACCCCAUCUCGGACAUCUUCUCGCUGCAGGCGCUGCGCAGCACCGUCAAGUACCUGCCGCGCGCCGUGCGCGACCCGGACGACUUCGAGGCGCAGGAGCAGAUGCUGCUGGCCGCCACGCUCGCCGGCGUCGGCUUCGGCAACGCCGGCGUCCACCUUUGCCACGGCAUGAGCUACCCCAUCUCCGGCCAGAACCCGGGCUACAAGCACGCCGGCUACCAGGUCGAUUCCCCCAUCAUCCCGCAUGGCGUUUCCGUCGCCGUCACCGCGCCCGCCGUCUUCCGCUUCACCGGCGCCUCGAACCCGGAGAGGCAUCUGGCGGCGGCCGAGGCGUUCGGCGUGGAUAUCAGCAAUGUGAAGAAGGAGAAUGCCGGCGAGGUGCUCAGCGAGGCGGUGUCUGAGUUUUUGGUCAAGCUUGGCGAUCAGCCCCGCGGCUUGAAGGCGCUCGGGUUCCAGAGGGGUGAUGUCGAUGCGUUGGUUGAGGGGACUAUUCCCCAGGCGAGAGUGCUGAUGCUGGCGCCUAGCUUGGAGACGCAGGAGGUGGAGAGGGAAAGGGAGCAGUUGAGGGGGUUGUUUGAGGAGGCGAUGGAGUAUUGA